AUGGCCGCAGCGCGCGGUUGCGUUACUCCCGAAAAACUCUCUGGCGGAGCCAGCUGUUUGUGCCGGGGUUCGUGUUUGUUUUUCAUCGUCACAGGGGCACAGCUGAUCAAGAAGAAUGCUCAUGAAGCGGUUCAGCACGGCAGCGAAGAGAAUCACACAGGCGCAACUUACAAACUAGACGUUGUUAUUGGAAGAACUGCGUUACCGUUGGCAAGAAAUCCGCUAUACCGUGUGGCACAACUUGUACUUCGCGGUGGACGAGGAUUCCGUCCUCUCUCAUCGCUGGCUGUUCAUCACCGUCGCUUCUACCAGGAAAGGCUCCAUAUCCACCGCUUCAGCGGAUUCAUUAUCAAGAAACGAAAUACUGUAGGAGUGGUGGAAAGGAUCCGUGAUGUGUUUUCCACGAAUGUGAGGUACAAUGCUGACUUAGCGAGAGGAGUGUUCCCUAACACUAUCGACGGGUAUGAGAUAGGACAGAAUAUUGGUUAUGGAUGUAAUGCGGCUGUUUAUGCUCUGCGUGUUCGCGAUGUUGAAAAUCUUCGUCAGUCACGUUCGAAUGUCUUCAACAAUUGCUUCACCCAGAGGAGCCAAGAUUCGCGAGCUAAAUAUCCACUCGCUCUGAAAUUGAUGUAUAAUUUCGCGUUGGAUAUGUGCCCUCGUCUGGGUGACAACUACUUGUGGCGAUCAAUGGGAGCAGAACUUGUGCCGCUUCCAGGAAGUGCAGGACUUUUAAGUGGGAGAAUGGGCAGUUAUCGGCCACUUCCGGAUUUUCAUCCUAACGUUGUACGAGUCCUAACGGCUUUCGUUGACCGAAUGCCAAUUCUGGAUGAUGCGAAACACGUCUAUCCGGAUGCUCUGCCAACAGCUCUAUUCUACGAAACAGUCAUCACUGUUCACGAGGCAAUGCGAGAAAUGAUGCAAACUGUGGACAGGCGAAUCUCGUCACUGUUUCGAAAUGUUGGAAAGUACCACAUGACUUUGCGCUCCUACUUGGUGGAUCUGAAAAGGAAGUGCUCGGACCGUGUCGCCCGCAUUCUCUUUGGUCAACUUUUGGAAGGAUGUGUAUUUUUAUACGACAAUAUUGUAGCGCAACGAGAUAUGAAGAGCGACAACAUAUUGCUCGAAUUUGAUGAUCCAGAAGAGGUCCCGCAUCUCGUUAUAUCCGAUUUUGGCUGCGCUUUGGCAACAGGCAGUUGGCUAGUGAAGUACGUCGACGAUACAAUUGAUUUGGGAGGAAACAGAAGAACACGGGCGCCGGAAAUCGUUGUAGCGGAACCUAGCACGGACUGCGUUUUGGAUUUCCGCAUGGCUGAUACGUGGGCAGUUGGAACCUUAGGUUAUGAAAUAUUCACCAGGGUGAAUCCUUUUUAUUCUCGUUUGGAUAGUGCUAAGUAUAAAGAAGAGGAUCUGCCAAGUUUGCCUCGUUUAACGGCAAAGCCUGUUUGUGCCGUUGUUCACGAUCUUUUAAAGCGGAAUCCAACAGAGCGACUACUGCCACAUAUUGCUGCGAAUGUAAUUUCCCUUUCUUUAUUGCGACUUGGUGGAGAUUUUCAAACAUUUCUUUCAUCUAUUGGACUCACCAACAUCGUAAACCCCCUCGUGAUCCGUGAAAAUGCAGCAGCUUCGCUGGAGAAGUUGAGUCUCACAGCCGAGAAGGUUUUGGAUGAUGUCCUAUUCUUGAUCUCGGCUGAAACCAUGGCUUCACGAGCCUCUUCCAAAAUCAUAAGUAAGGCGGAGAGACAGCUUCGAGCGACGUUCCUCUCACGUCUAAACCGAAACCACCUUUGGGCUGCAGCUUCAUAUUUCCUCCCCAAACAUGGAAAUCAGAAUGGAGUUGCGGAUGAUACCGGAUAUUCUUCUCUUGCUGCUGCCGUUGACAAAAUUUCGCUCGACACUGGAAUCGUCCACAGAUGUCGAUCCGCGAUAUACUGA